UGUCUGUGGUUUUUCUGCAGCACUCAGCAAUGGCCGAGAGCUCAGCUGUGGCAGUGGCAGUGACAACGGCACCAGCUGUGCUAGAUGAGCUCUUGGAGAUCACAGCCCAGAGCCUGGUGCGCAUGGAGGUGGCUGAGCACUACGAGGUCAUUCAAGAGCUGGGCAGGGGCAAGUAUGGCCACGUGGUGCUAGUGACCCACAGGCAGCGAGGGACUCCCAUGGCUCUUAAGCUGCUACCAAAAGCCAGUACCAAGCUGCACACUUUUCUAUAUGAGUACUGUGUGGCACUCUCCCUUGCCACCCAUCCCGCUAUCAUCGGCAUGUUUGGAAUUGCAAUUGAGUCCAGCCAGUACUAUGGUUUCCUCUAUGAAGCGGCACUGCACAAAGACCUCAUCUCUAUCAUCAAACCACGGGAUGGGAUCCCUGAACCAGCUGCGAAGCACUGUGCCAAGCAGCUUGCGAGUGCACUGGAAUUCAUCCACAGCCGAGGACUUGUGUACCGUGAUGUCAAGCCUGAGAACGUGCUGCUUUUUGAUCCCGAAUGUCGGUGUAUCAAGUUGACUGACUUUGGGCUCACACGGCCUAAGGGUACCAAGCUCAAACUGGUGGCUGGGGUAAUCCCAUACACUGCCCCAGAGCUGAGCAACACCACUGAUGCACAGGGGCUGCCCAUUGACGCCAGUUUGGAUGCCUGGGCCUUUGGCGUACUUCUUUUUUGCCUACUGACUGGCUACUUCCCCUGGGAGCAGAGUCUGCCAGAAGACCCUUUCUUUGAGGACUUCAUGCUUUGGCAGGAGACAGGUUUGGAGGCUGAUCUGCCUCGUCAUUGGAAACGCCUGACCGCUGAGGCUGCCCUCAUGCUGCGAAGCCUACUGGCCCUAGAUCCUACCAAGCGUGGUCCUGUCAGCGGGGUUUUGCGCUAUGUUGAUUGCCCCUGGCGACUGGAGGAAGCUGCUGUGAAGCCCUAGAGCAUGCCCCCUGUGGGAGGAAGUAAGGCCAAGUGUCACCCUGUGAGGGUCUUACGGGCCUGGGGCAUCACAACAUGCCUCCAGCAGGCCGGGGGCAAGAGGCCGUGAUGAAUAAUAAUCCAGACAGCAACUGCUCCAUAGUGCUGCUCUCCUGCCACCAUGGAGUCAGGCUGCCUUCCCAGCUGAUGAUCCUUACCCCAUGGCUUCCUGCCACCCAGUGCCAUCUCUUUGUGCUUCCUUGCGCUUCCUCAGGGCUUGAAAACAUCUGCGGCUUCUUGGCAAUGACUAUCAUGACUAUCAUCUCCAUCCAUGUGUGAAACACCCACUCGCUUCCUGGGCGCAGGAACUCUGGGGCAGUUUCUAGGCUCUGCAGCACCUGUCUUGUCAUAGAAACAGAGCAAAACAUUUACCUUUGUAUUCUUUAUGUGGCUCUUUUUCUCUCAUAAUAAAAUGCCUGCACAGGGCCUGUUUGCUGUGGGA